UCUCUUCAAAUCGUCAAAAAAAAAUCCAGAAACAACCAGCAAACCCUCGAAAAUCCCGCAAAACGUAAGAUUCUCCUUUAAUACUCGUCAAAAACGCGAAAUUUCUCGCAAAAACGACUCAACUUCCCCAAAAAACGCAAACAAAGAAAUUCCCGUUCAACAAAUUUUUCCUCCCCCCCGCGUCCCUCCCCCACUCUGAUCGCCAAACAAUAGCUAAAAGCCUCUGAUUAAUGGAAAUAAUCAAUUGAACAUAAUUGAGCAUAAUAAAAGGCCCAGAUUGCCCUCAGCACAAUGGCCAAUGGUAUUAUCACGAAUUUAAUGUUUUCCGUUAGCAAUUAUUCAUGUCCGAUCACAAAUACUUACAGGCAUUUAUUAAUUGAAUUUUCUCGUUAAAAAAUUCAUAUUCUAUUUUUUUAAUGAAUUUUGCAUCAUUUAUUUUAUUUUCAAGCAAGUAUUUAGUUGCUGGCGCCAUCUUUGCUUCACGUAGUCAGUCGAGCCUUCCCUGCCUCGCCGCCAUGAUCGCUCAGUCAUUUGUUUUUCUUCACGAGCGCCGGUUUUCUUUUCAAAUCGUCAACAAAAAACCCAAAAACAGUCGGCAAACCCUCAAAAAUCCCCCAAAACCCACGACUCUGCUUAAAAACUCCGCAAUACUAAUAAAUAUCUCGCAAAAACUACUUAAUCCUCCUAAAAAAUGCAAAUAAAAACAUUUUCGCGUGCUAAAUUCGUCGUUCGGUCCGUGCCGUUCCUCUCUCUAAUCGUUAAAAAAUCGUGAAUAAUAUGGAAUCAGUGAAAAUAAUCAAGUGAAAGUGACCAAGUGAUGUGAAAAUUUAAUGUGAUAAAGUGUUUGGAUUGUCACCAUGACAUCAGUCGAUAAUAUUUCCAAGAAUUUAAUUCCUUCACUGAACGUCGCUUGUUUACAAGCACGACUUACCUCUGACUAUUCUCUAUUGUUCGAGUAGUUGGAAAUGUUUUGACGUGAGACUAAGAUGGUGGUGUUUUUGGGUGAUAGCUUGUGGUGUUGAUAAAUUUAUCACAAAAGAGUAUUUGGGUUGUGAUUAAAAUUAAUCAGUAAGGAAUAAUGGAGGCGGGGGCCAGUGGUGGUGCGAGAACAACUCGAUUUAUGAUGGAAGGUGUCGGUGCCAGAGUAAUUCGAGGACCCGAAUGGAAAUGGGGAAAACAGGAUGGCGGUGAGGGACAUGUGGGGACUGUGAGAAAUUUUGAAUCCCCUGAGGAAGUGGUCGUUGUCUGGGACAAUGGAACAGCUGCCAAUUAUAGAUGCUCUGGAGCUUUUGAUCUCAGAGUAUUGGAUUCUGCCACAACUGGGGUUAAACACGAGGGCACCAUGUGUGACACCUGUCGACAGCAGCCAAUAUUUGGCAUCAGGUGGAAGUGCGCAGAGUGUGGAAAUUAUGAUUUGUGCUCUAUUUGUUAUCAUGGGGAUAAACAUCAUCUCAGGCACAGGUUUUAUCGGAUGGCAACACCAGGGAGUGAGAGGGUCCUCCUAGAGCCUAGGCGAAAAAGUAAAAAGAUUGCGAUUAGAGGUAUAUUCCCAGGUGCCAGAGUAGUAAGAGGUGUUGAUUGGCAAUGGGAGGAUCAGGACGGUGGUAAUGGCCGUCGUGGAAAAGUCAAUGAGAUUCAAGACUGGUCAGCAGCCAGUCCUCGAUCAGCUGCUUACGUUAUCUGGGAUAAUGGGGCUAAAAAUUUGUAUCGAGUUGGGUUUGAGGGAAUGGCUGACCUCAAGGUUGUCAAUGAUGCCAAAGGGCAGACAGUUUAUCGAGACCAUCUGCCACUGCUGGGGGAACAGGGACCAGGGAGGACUGGCCCUCAUGGCCUCCAGAUCGGAGAUCAAGUUAAUGUUGAUCUGGAAUUGGAAAUUGUCCAAUCCCUCCAGCAUGGCCAUGGCAGCUGGACAGAUGGAAUGUUCGAGUGCCUGGGAACAACUGGAAUAGUUGUCAGCAUUGAUGAGGAUCACGACAUUGUCGUUUCCUAUCCCAGUGGCAAUAGAUGGACAUUCAAUCCAGCUGUUCUGUCCAAAGUGCAAACCCCAGUGCCUGUUGCCACUUCCACGUCUGACAAUCAGACAUUCGCUGUUGGAGAUUUAGUUCAAAUUUGUAAUGACCUCGAGAAAAUUAAAUUACUACAGAGAGGACAUGGCGAAUGGGCUGAGGCCAUGGCACCUACACUGGGAAAAAUUGGUCGUGUCCAGCAAAUUUAUCACGAUGGCGACCUCAAGAUCGAGGUCUGCAGCACCUCGUGGACGUACAAUCCCCAAGCCAUCAUUAAAGUUGCCAGCAGUGAUGGCAGUGUACCAGGAAACAGCAAUGGUGAACGAUUGUCGGCAUUAUUGAAGAAGCUGUUCGAGACGCAUGUCUCGGGGGAUGUGAAUGAGGAGCUUGUGAAAUCAGCAGCUAAUGGCGACUCAGCCAAGUGUGAGGAAUGCCUCAAACGUCUUGAUGCUGAUGUGAAUGGAGUUUUUGCUGGUCACACUGCACUCCAGGCAGCUAGCCACAAUGGCCAUCUUGAUGUAAUCAAGAUUCUCCUGCGAUACAAAGCCGAUGUGGAAAUUGAGGACAAAGAUGGUGAUCGUGCUGUGCAUCACGCCGCAUUCGGUGAUGAAUCAGGUGUAAUGGCCCUGGUAGCUGGUGCCGGGGCUGAUUUGAAUGCUAGAAAUAAACGACGCCAAACUGCACUCCACAUCGCUGUAAAUAAAGGUCAUGCAGGUGUCGUCCGUACAUUAUUGGAGCUUGGCUGUCAUCCGAGUCUUCAGGACGCCGAGGGAGAUACACCUCUUCACGACGCCAUCUCCAAGAAGCGGGAUGAUAUGCUGGCGCUGUUAUUGGAUUAUGCUGCGGACAUCACCAGGACAAACAACACCGGAUUCAACGCUCUCCAUCACGCUGCGCUCCGCGGUAAUCCAAGUGCAAUGAGAAUUUUACUCACCAAACUUCCACGUCCCUGGAUCGUAGACGAGAAGAAGGACGAUGGUUACACGGCUCUUCAUCUAGCCGCUCUCAACAAUCACGUUGAAGUUGCCGAGUUACUGGCGAGAGUUGGCAAAGCCGACCUGGAUCUCCAGAAUGUCAAUUUGCAGACUGCACUUCAUCUUGCUGUUGAACGUCAGCACACACAGAUUGUUCGAUUACUGGUACGUGAGGGUGCAAACGUUAAUGUCGCUGAUAAGGACGGUGACACCCCGUUACACGAGGCGCUGCGUCAUCAUACACUGUCGCAGCUGAGACAGUUGCAGGACGUACAAGACGUGGGACGACUGUUAAUGGGUCUCGGUGCUCAGGGUCAGGAUAAGAAAAGCAGUUCAUUUAUUGCAUGUUUCUUGGCAGCUCACGGUGCUGACUUAGAGCUUAAGAACAAGAAGGGACAGACACCCCUCGAUCUGUGUCCAGAUCCCAAUCUCUGCAAAACGUUGACCAAUUGCCACAAGAAUAAAGAGUCCCACGAUAUCGAGCCAGCUACACCGUCGGCAGCUAUUGACGAGUGUCUCGUCUGCUCCGAUGGAAAAAGAGAUAUGUUAUUCAGUCCGUGUGGACACGUAUCGUGCUGCAAUGCCUGUGCACCGAGAGUCAAGAAGUGCCUCAUUUGCAGAGAAAAUGUCGCCUCCAGAAUUAAGAUCGAGGAGUGCGUGGUGUGUUCCGACCGUAAAGCUGGAGUUCUAUUCCGUCCAUGUGGUCAUAUGUGUGCCUGCGAGAGUUGCGCAACAUUGAUGAAGAAGUGUGUACAGUGUCGUGUACAGAUACAGCACAUGGUACCACUGUCCGUCUGUUGCGGUGGAGGAGGUGAUGUUACUUACAUUAAGGGGCAAAAUGCCUCAGGCACUAUUUCGGAAGUUAAAGCUGAUGUUGAGGAGGAUGUAGCACCACUGAAUAAUAGUGGUGGUGAGGCUGUAUUAAUGAAUAAUGGGAGUAGAGAUACUUCGCACAGUGAUAUUCAAAAAUUGCAACAGCAGCUGCAAGAUAUAAAAGAACAGACAAUGUGUCCAGUAUGUCUGGACCGCCUGAAGAACAUGAUCUUCUUAUGUGGCCAUGGCACCUGCCAAAUGUGCGGUGAUCGCAUGUCCGAGUGCCCCAUAUGCCGCAAAGCAGUCGACAAACGAAUUCUCCUAUAUUAAAUCCCAAAAAAAAGACUGUAAACGUAACAGUUACGCGACUCAUCGAGUCGUUACGCACAGUUUAAUUACCCUAGAGUUAAUCACCGAUCAAAUUAGAUCCUGAUAACUGUUGAUUUUUCCAAAUUUUCAAAACAAUUAUUUUCCAAAAAAAAAAAUACUCCCCAAAAUUAAAUCUUCCUCGAUUAAAGUUAAUCAAGAGUUGGCGACGUCUGACUCCAAAAAAUCUCUUCCAUCAUUGUUUUUUUUUUUUUUUAAUUUGUUACUUUAUUAAUUAUACCUGCAUUCCAGCAGUAUUAAUCGCGAUUGAUAAAUAUAUACCGUGCAUUGCAGAUGAUUUAUACAGCUGUUAUGAAACUGCGGAUUACAAGGUAUCUAAGUAGACUUUACAUACCCGAAAAAUAGAAAAAUAUUGCAAUCUAGAUUAAUAAUUAGCCGCGUAAUCAGCAUAAUAUUCCAACUAAUUAAGACUCAAUAAAACAACAUUACUCAAA